CCGGGCGGCCCCGGCGACUGCGGGCGGCGGAGAUUUUAGAGGCUUCCUCCAGAAUCAGAUUGUGGACAUAAAGUGAUGAGAAGAGCCGUUAAAAGUGGAAUGUUUAUUAGCAUCUGAGAUUAUUUUAGUGCUACUGUGUUGACAAGAGAUAAUUGGUGCCAUUAUGUGUGCCUCUGCCAAAUACAACACCCGGGGUCCAGCCCUCAUCCCAAGGAUGAAAACCAAGCACCGCAUCUAUUACAUCACUCUCUUUUCCAUAGUUCUGCUUGGCCUCAUUGCCACAGGAAUGUUCCAGUUCUGGCCUCACUCCAUUGAAUCAUCCAGUGACUGGACCGUUGAAAAGCGCAGUGUCCAUGAUGUGCCUGUGGUCAAGCUUCCUGCCGAUAGCCCCAUUCCUGAGCGGGGAGACCUCAGCUGCAGGAUGCACACCUGCUUCGAUGUCUACAGGUGUGGCUUCAAUCCCAAGAACAAAAUCAAAGUGUACAUCUAUUCACUGAAAAAGUAUGUGGAUGAGUAUGGGACGUUGGUGAGCAACACCAUUUCCAGGGAGUACAAUGAGCUGCUGACGGCCAUCUCUGACAGCGAAUUCUACACGGACGAUGUCAACCGGGCCUGCCUUUUUGUGCCAUCCAUAGAUGUCCUCAAUCAGAACGCCCUCCGGAUCAAAGAGACAGCUCAGGCUUUGGCACAGCUAUCCAGGUGGGAUCGAGGAACAAAUCAUUUGCUCUUCAAUAUGCUGCCUGGAGGGCCACCGGAUUAUAACACUGCCCUAGAUGUUCCUAGAGAUAGAGCUCUGUUGGCUGGUGGAGGCUUCUCCACUUGGACUUACCGGCAAGGCUACGAUGUCAGCAUUCCUGUUUACAGCCCAUUGUCAGCAGAAGUGGAUCUGCCAGAAAGAGGACCAGGCCCUCGCAGGUAUUUCAUUCUCUCAUCUCAGAUGGCUCUGCACCCAGAGUACCGCCUGGAGCUGGAGGCUCUUCAGGCUGAGAAUGGGGAGUCAGUGCUGGUCCUGGACAAAUGCUCAAACCUGUCAGAUGGGGUCCCUGCCGUUCGCAAGCGCUGCUACAAGAAUCAAGUCUUUGAUUAUCCUCAGGUGCUUCAGGAGUCUACGUUCUGUGUUGUUCUACGUGGAGCCCGCCUGGGACAGGCAGUGCUGAGUGAUGUUCUUCAAGCUGGCUGUGUCCCAGUCAUCAUUGCUGACUCCUACAUUUUACCUUUCUCUGAGGUUCUGGACUGGAAGAGGGCCUCUGUUGUCAUCCCUGAAGAGAAGAUGCCUGAAAUGUACAGUAUUCUGCAAAGCAUCCCUCAGCGACAGAUUGAAGAGAUGCAAAGACAGGCAAGGUGGUUCUGGGAAGCAUAUUUUCGAUCGAUGAAAGCAAUUGCUCUCGCUACUCUUCAGAUUAUCAAUGAUAGAAUUUACCCAUAUGCUGCCAUUUCUUAUGAAGAGUGGAAUGAUCCCCCAGCUGUGAAAUGGAGCAGUGUGAGCAACCCACUCUUCCUUCCACUGAUCCCACCUCAGUCCCAAGGUUUCACAGCCGUGGUUCUGACCUAUGACCGAGUGGAGAGCCUUUUCCGAGUUAUCACCGAGGUGUCCAAAGUGCCCAGUCUAUCCAAAUUGUUGGUAGUCUGGAACAACCAGAAUAAGAAUCCACCAGAAGAUUCCCUCUGGCCAAAGAUUCGUGUUCCCCUGAAAGUUGUUAGGACUGCAGAAAACAAACUUAGCAACCGCUUCUUCCCUUAUGACGAGAUUGAAACGGAAGCAGUGCUGGCUAUUGAUGAUGAUAUCAUUAUGCUAACCUCAGAUGAACUCCAGUUUGGCUAUGAGGUCUGGCGUGAGUUCCCUGACAGGUUGGUUGGAUACCCAGGUCGCCUGCAUCUUUGGGACCACGAGAUGAACAAAUGGAAAUAUGAAUCAGAAUGGACCAAUGAAGUCUCAAUGGUGCUCACUGGGGCAGCCUUUUAUCACAAGUAUUUCAACUAUCUUUACACCUAUAAGAUGCCUGGAGACAUCAAGAAUUGGGUGGAUGCUCAUAUGAAUUGUGAAGAUAUUGCCAUGAAUUUUCUAGUAGCAAAUGUCACUGGAAAAUCAGUCAUUAAGGUGACCCCACGAAAGAAGUUCAAAUGUCCAGAAUGCACAGCAAUCGAUGGGUUAUCACUGGACCAGACACACAUGGUGGAAAGGUCUGAAUGCAUCAAUAAGUUUGCCUCUGUCUUUGGGACCAUGCCUCUCAAAGUGGUGGAGCAUCGUGCUGACCCCGUCCUGUACAAAGAUGACUUUCCUGAGAAACUGAAGAGCUUCCCCAAUAUCGGCAGCUUGUAAAGAGUGAGACAAACCUCCAUGAGGAAAACAACAGCUGAAAAGGUGCUAUGAGGAAUAUAAGGCCCCGAAGACAAAACUUGCUAGAGAGUGGGUUUGCAUCUGAGAGAGAUGAGGAUUAAUGUUGUUGUCUUCCUUUUACAUUGCACAAAGUUGUAUUUGAAAUCUGGACAGCUGCUUCUCAGUUGCUCACAGAGAGUCGAAUCUAUUUGUGGGUUCUCCAAAAAAUGUCACACUUUUGUCCAGAGGAGGCUAUGCAUCUGGAAGAAUAAAACAGAAUCUUGCU